AUGCAGUCAAAAAAGCAGGCUCGGAAGCUCAGUUGGCUCAAAAAAAAAAAAGGCUCGGAAGCUCAGUGUCCAGCUCGACUCCGGUCUAGCGUCUCGCCGGGGCCCGGCCCCCCUGCCUGUCCAUGCCGCCGGAGAAAUCGCCGCAGUCCCCAGUGGCUUGUGGACAAAGAGUACUAAUUUCGAACAAACUUGGGGAGAAGCUUGUUGGUUUAUUACAUGAAGCAUGUUCGAAGGAACUUGUGAUACUUUGUCAUGGAUUCAGAGCUACAAAGGACGACAGUAUCUUGGUCGACCUUGCCGCUGCACUAGCAAGUGUUGGAGUUAAUGCUUUUCGGUUUGAUUUUGCUGGAAAUGGGGAAAGUGAGGGUCUAUUCCAAUAUGGGAACUACCGAAAAGAGGCAGAUGACUUGCGCUCUGUAGUAUCUUAUUUCUCAGAACAGAAGUAUGACAUAAUUGCCCUUGUUGGGCAUAGCAAAGGAGGAAAUGCUGUGCUUUUAUAUGCUUCCAUGUACCAUGAUGUUACCGUCAUUGUGAAUAUUUCUGGCCGCUUUGCUUUAGAGCAAGGUAUGGAAGGGCGGCUGGGGAAGAAUUUCCUGCAGAGGAUAAAGAAAGAUGGAUACAUAGACGUCAGAAAUAAAAAAGGGAAGUUUGAGUACCGGGUGACAGAAGAAAGCCUGCGAGAUCGCCUGAGCACUGAUACCCUGCUUUCGAGCCGCUCCAUAAGCAAAGACUGCAGGGUUCUCACGGUUCAUGGCUCUGAAGAUGAAACGGUCCCAGCGAGAGACGCCCUGAUGUUUGCUGCGAACAUCCCAAACCAUGACUUGCAUAUAGUCGUGGGAGCCAACCAUCGGUACACAGGCCACGAGCAAGAGCUGACAUCACUCGUACUGGAUUUCAUCAAGCCCCGUCCUCGAAAAUCAUCAUCCUUACGUCCGAAAUUGUGAUCAUCUGACCAUUGUGGGGCUUGAUUGAUGUACCAUUUACUUGUUACAUUACAGGAUGACAAAAGGCCUGUGUAUAGUCGUUGUGCUGUGCUGCACUAAUUUCAGUAAGAUUUCUUCAUCUUACAUUUUCUGAACGCAGAAAGAAGCUCAGACUAGUUAUCAUUUCUAAAAGUA